UCACUAGCUUCGAAUUUGUAAUUGAAGAAAAAAAAUGGCGGCGAUACAAUUGUUCAACCAAUUCCCCUGCAAAACCAGAGUCUCAACCUCAUCGAAAUCUAAAUCCAUCUCCAAGCCUCUGAUUACGGUACCGAUGAGCUCAAUUAUUCACCGUCCGGUGUUCUCCACCGGAGGAAUUGCUGUUUCUCGUUCCGAUUUCAGAGUCCGAGCCACGGAUGCGGAUGACGAAUGGGGUACAGAGCCGGAGGCGAGAGGAUCAGCUCUAUCGGUUGCGGAUGAAGCAAUUGAAUCCGUGGAGGAGACGGAGCGGCUAAAGAGAUCGCUAGCGGAUUCGUUGUACGGAAUCGAUAGAGGUUUGAACGCAUCUAGCGAAACCAGAGCUGAAAUCGGAGAUUUAAUCACACAGCUCGAGUCUAAGAACCCUACCCCAGCUCCGACGGAUGCUCUCUUCCUUCUCAACGGCAAAUGGAUCCUCGCAUAUACAUCGUUUGUGAAUUUGUUCCCGUUGCUUUCACGAGGGAUCUUGCCGUUAGUAAAAGUCGAUGAGAUCUCGCAAACCAUUGAUUCAGAUAACUUCACGGUCCAGAACUCUGUUCGUUUCGCUGGUCCUCUAGGUACAAACUCGAUUAGCACCAACGCAAAAUUCGAAAUCCGAAGCCCUAAACGUGUUCAGAUUAAGUUUGAGCAAGGCGUAAUUGGGACACCUCAGCUAACGGAUUCGAUUGAAAUACCGGAAUACGUAGAGGUUCUUGGUCAAAAGAUCGAUCUUAACCCGAUCAGAGGGUUACUUACAUCGGUGCAAGACACAGCCUCGUCAGUAGCUAGAACCAUAUCGAGCCAACCACCAUUGAAAUUCUCUUUGCCAGGGGACAAUGCGCAGUCGUGGCUCCUCACGACUUAUCUAGACAAAGACAUCCGGAUCUCUAGAGGAGACGGUGGAAGCGUCUUUGUGCUUAUCAAAGAAGGAAGCCCUCUCUUGAAUCCUUGAAACCUGUCUAUGUCUAUCUCUUGUUCUUGUGUUAAGUGAGACAAAUAAAAUGUUCAAUAUAUAGUGUUGUUGUAGGUUUA